AUGGGAAUCCUUUCAGUCAAAUCUUCUCAAACUUAUGAAGAUAUGGGUGAUACAAAUAAUAUUCAUGCAUCCAUGGAUACCUUAAUGAGCCUUGGUUCACGAGUUGUGUUGAUUGCUUCAAAAGAUUCAGCUGCAAAGGCUUUGUUCAUAGCUGCAAUUUCGGGUCACGUCAAUAAUGAAACUGCAUGGCUUAUCAUGGGGAACUCUGCUAAUGUGAUCCGUCAAUUGAAUCAGCAUGUGGAUGUGUAUAAUCAUAUUGUGCAAACAAGGUUGGAUAACGCAAACCAGUCCAGUACUAGCACCACCUAUCAAAAUGCUGUUGAGCAAUUGGCGUGGACCACAAACAAGCUGGAUCGCUUGACGAUGGAACAUUUGUUUGCAGGAGGUGUGUUUAUUUUUGAACAGCAAACAGACUUGACAGGCUAUCCACCGUACGACGCAUUCCAGCAGAAGCUAUCACAAUUUGAUCCAUCCGCAGCGACCUCCUCCACGUACCAAUCAGGACUAGCUUAUUCUUGUAUGAUGGUCAUGGCUUACGGUUUCGGCCAACUUGUUCGAGACUCCAUCGACUCAAAUUACACAUUGCAAGAGUUAACCUCAGGACAAUUAAUGCCUCGUUAUUCAUUAUCGAUUUUCAAUGAUACAGGUUUCGCAACUGGUCCUCAAGGUCCUGUCUUAUUUGAUAAGAAUGGCGAUGUUAAAACAGGAAACUUCAAAAUCUUUAAUUUGCAUCAUGGUUCUCAAGUAACUGAAACUGGACACGUUUUAGGUGGCAUCUUUCAUUUGUCUACGGACCCCAUCUACUUUGAUGGAACAAAAAAGGUAUUAUCGACAAAAGAUGAAAGAGGCUCCUUGGAUUCACAUAUCGUAUACCAGCCUCCUUCAGGAACACCUCCCUUUACAGUGAUCAAAGCAGGUAUAACCGCGCCAAUUUCCAUAGUCGCCGCAAGCACCGCCAUGGUAGGCGUUGCAAUGACUCUGAUUGCACUCAUCAUGGUGAUCAACUUCAGGCACCAUCCUGUAUUUAAAUCUUCAAGAGUUUACAAGACUGUGAAUAACGUGUACAACAACAGCAACUAUAGUAGCAGCAAUAACCAGUUACUCAAGAUUUCCUGUUUUAUUCUAGCGUUCAAUACAGUUAUCUUAGCAUGUUGGCUUGUUUUGUUUGGCAAUGUAAAACUAUCUGCCAUUCCAGUCUCUUCCACGGUGGUUGUCAAUACCUGUUCCUAUGAUGGCUCAGGGCACACCUUCUUUGUGGCCUUGCUUACUAUUCAAGCAGGCAUCCAACUAUGCCUGUCUGUCUAUCUAGCCCUUAAAACCAAAAGUUUUGGUGGUUAUUCAAAAUAUAGUGAACACAAGCAGCUGGGACUAUCUGUCUAUAAUAUUUUCUUUUCAGCAUUGAUUGGAUUCAUCAUCUUUUUCAUGCCUACCACAGAUUUCUAUACAAGGUAUUAUCUUACUGCAAUGACUAUACUCUGGGCUUCGACAUUUUCGCUCUGCGUCUUGUUUUUCCCAAAAAUAUUCAAGGUCUUAUUUCCAAAGAAGGCGCUUGUAUUACCUACUACCGAGAAACGAGAUGGCCAUGAUGAAAAGACGCUUUAUGAUGAGAAACAGCUAUUGACCAUGAACCGUAUGACAGCAACGAGCACUCAUAUUUUGGUGGAUGAGGACAAGAAGAACGAUCCUGUAAAGUGGAAUGGAUCAAUGCCUUCAGCGAUGAUGGACACCUAUCAGGAGAAGCUUCCGGUGCAAUACGUAUUCAGGUACUUUCCCUUCCUAGCAAGAUGGCAAAUGAGAUGCAUAACGCUCUUGCCUCAAGUCUCGUUUCUAUCCAUUCAACCGGGAAAUCAAAAUGCAUUCAAGAAACCAAUACUAUUCUGUUACUCACAUGCAUUCACCAUCUCAAAUGUCCCAGGAAAUUACGUUUUCAAGGUGCAUGGAGCCAUUGGUAGUGGCCAUUGUGAUUUGCUGAUUCAGGUCUCAGAUCAGAAGCAGUUGAGCCGAUGGCUCGGCUUGUUCGAUAGAAAAUUGGCUCGACAUGAUAGAAACGAAAGAAGUAGUCGUCCGCUCUCGUUAUCUGUAGACAAGACUCAUUGCGGCUCUAGCAUUACGGACGAUAUGAGUGAUAACAGCAGCAAGAGGUCGAUUCUUGACGGAAAAGCGAGCCAAUUUACCAUUUGCUCAGAUGAUACAAGUGCCAGCAGUGUUACUCAGGCGCACUGUAAGCAAGACGAAAGAAAUCGCAUUUAG